CGUCUACAGAUUUUGUGUGUGUGCCUUUUGGCAUUUGUUAACAACGUUUGGUGCCACGACGAAGUUCACGUUAAGAAUGGUAACCACACAACCAAAACCAGAGAAUCGAAUACAAGAAAACGGGGUGUCGGCCAUUACAAUCCAAUGGGAUGGGGUGGUUACGGAGUGGGUUCGUACGGAGUGCCCACCACUCCGGUGCAAGGAUACGGAGUGUCGAACAUCCCGGUACAAGGUUACGGAGUGUCGAACUACCCAGUGCAAGGAUACGGAGUGUCUGCUGUGCCGGUGCAGGGAUACGCAGUGGUGCAGCAAUCUGAACGACCCGUACCGUAUCCAGUGCCGUAUCCGGUGACUUACGACCGACCGGUGCCGUACGACCGACCAGUGCCGUACCCGGUGUCGUACGACAGGCCGGUACCGUACCCGGUGCAUGUGGACCGGCCGCUCCCGUAUCCGGUGCAGGUUGACCGGCCGGUGCCCUAUCCGGUGCAGGUGGAGAAACCACUGCCGUAUCCGGUGCACGUGGACCGGCCGGUGCCGUACCCGGUUCAAGUGGAGAAGCCGUUGCCGUAUCCGGUGGACCGGCCGGUUCCAUACCCGGUGCAGGUGGAGAAACCGUUGCCGUACCCGGUGCACGUCGACCGGCCGGUGCCGUAUGCGGUACACGUGCCCUACAAAGUGCCUGUACCGGUGGACCGACCAUACCCGGUGAAAGUGAACGUACCCACGCCGUAUCCGGUCGACAGGCCGGUUCCGUAUCCCGUGCAGGUGGCCGUCAAGGUUCCGGUGGUGCAACAAGUACCGGUCGAGGUGUCUCGGCCUUAUCCCGUGCUAGUGCAGCAGCCCGCUUCGGUGGUGGUGCAACAGCAACCCGUACUGUGGCAAAAGGUGUCGUCGUCAUACCCGGUAUACACGACGGGCCAGCAACCGGUACAGUGGCAGAAGCAACCUUCUUAUUACUCGUCCGUGGACAACAGCAAAAACUACAUUGGCAUGCCCGUGUACAACGGGGGUAACCAGGCCGGUUACCAGCGCGGCCAGUACCCGUCCGGUUACAGCAUCGGUGUAAACCACGCCCUGAUCGGGCUCGGCGUCGGCGGCCGGGGCGCGGGCGCGACCGGAACGUCAGGACCGACCGGCAUCAUCGGCGGAGCGGCGGGCAGCCUGUUGGGGGCGGCUUUCAACGUAAUGCAGGGGUUGAUGUCACCGGGCGGUAGCGUCACUGGUUACGCGGCCGGACACAACGACUAUCUGGGGCCCAAGACCACGGGAUUCUCGACUGUCAUCAACAAAUAA